AGAAAGUGAGAACAAAAAUUCUCAUUUCAACCCUGGUCCAUCAGAGUUUCAGUCGUUUGCUUCCGUUCCUUUAUUAUGGACGAGUCUACGCCCCUUCUUCAAAACCAGUCGCACUCCCUGCCACAAAAACGGCUUUUGGUCAUUUUUCCUGCUCUUGCGCUAAUACAGUUCACCUCAUUCCUCGACCAAACGUCCAUCUCCACGAGUCUCCCCGCUAUAGCAUCUGCCCUCAAAACUGGAGCCUCUAUAUCCUUAGUCGGCGCCUGUUUCCUCAUUACUAGCACCAGCAUCCAGCUGAUCAAUGGAAGACUUUCAGACAUAUUCGGCCGUAAGGCCUCGCUGGUUGCAGCCCUUUCGAUAAUGGCGGCAGGCAACUUUCUGAGUGGCUUUUCUGGGACGCCGCUGCAGCUAUUUGUCGCCAGAGCGUUUACUGGCUUCGGCGCUGGAGCGAUCAAUGCGCUUGUACAGAUUGCUAUUGCGGAUAUCACGACGCUAGAGCAGCGUGGGUAUUAUUUUGGCAUGGUUGGUGUAGCUACUGCGUUUGGGAAUGGGCUUGGACCUGUCAUUGGGGGGGCCCUUACACAGACAGCUGGGUGGCAAUGGGCAUUCUGGUUUGUGUGCCCCUUAUGCGUCAUGGCCAUUUGUUAUCUUGCGUCAGUGUGGCCGACAUCUUCUUCUGCCUGUAUCAAGGGCGGGGUCUGGGACAAAUUGAAGCUGGUGGACUGGGCUGGAGCCCUUGCGAGUCUAUUUGGGAUCGCGUUAUUUUUGAUACCAAUAUCGCAAGGCGGAGCGACCAUGUCUUGGACCUCACCGGUGACCAUAGGUAUGCUCAUCGCAGGAAUCACGCUGUUUGCUGUCUUUUUGAUGGUCGAAUGGCGGUUUGCGAAGUUGCCCCUUUUGCCAGCCCAGCUAUUCAGCUACGGCCGCUCCACAAACAUUCUGUUGUCCAUAAACGUCCUUAUUGGCUGGAUCUACUGGGGCAAUUUGUUUGUUCUCCCGCUAUACCUGCAGAACGUUCAAGGCGCAAGCCCGUCUAAGGCUGGGAUUUUGCUGCUUCCCAUGGUCGUCGCCCACGGACUUACGUCAGCUCUGACUGGCAUUCUCAUAUCCUUAUUCGGACACUAUAAACCCGUUAUUGUGACAGGAGCCAUGUGCUGGAUGCUCGCUGCAAUUGCAAAAUUGUAUUAUGACCAAGACACCGCGGUUUGGAAGAUCAUCGUGGUUGGCAUCCUCGAUGGGGUCGGCGUGGGGUGUUCCUUGCAGCCUGUCCUUGUUGGUCUUUUCGCGGGAUCGGACACCAACAAUCGAGCCGUUUUGACAGGGUUAAGAAAUUUUCUGAGAGAUAUAGGAGGAGCAACCAGUACUACGGUUUCUGGUACUAUCUUAAGCAACGUGCUAUAUGGUCAGUUGAAGUCCAGGUUUAGCCAGGACACUAUCGCAGAAUUGAUCUCAUCAGCCUUUGCAUUGGAACAUUUGCAUCUUACUGAGGAAGAAAAAAGAUUAGUGUCUCGGGGUUACAUGGAAGGGCUUCAUGCGGUGUUCAUCUCUUUUGCCGUGCUCAUUGCCAUUCAUGUCUGCGCGUGCUUAUUCAUUCGAGACUAUGGCAUAAAGCGUGAUGGUUUCCAACGGGAUCAGCAGCAAACCAAACCUAUACACCAUUGAAAUCACCAUAUUUUGGCCUUAGAAUGUCUUCUUGAAUCAUUACCUGAUCAGGCAACC